GAUGUUUCUGAUUUUGACAUUUCGUAAUUGCGUUGAUAGUAGUGACAAGUGAAAUCGAAGGACUUUUGUGAUAAAUAUUGGAAAAAACUCAAAAUGUCCUUUUUUGGGGUAGGAAAUCCUUUUGCUACGCCGGUUGGUCAAAAAAUAGAACAAGCCACAGAUGGCUCUCUACCGUCAGAAAAUUGGGCUUUAAAUAUGGAAAUAUGUGAUAUAAUUAACAGUAGUGCUGAUGGACCAAAAGAUGCAAUUAAAGCCAUUAGAAAAAGGCUGACCCAAAGUGCUGGAAGGAACUAUACUGUGGUCAUGUACACUCUGACUGUACUAGAAACCUGUGUGAAAAAUUGUGGAAAAUCUUUGCACAUUUUAGUCUGCAAUAAGGAAUUUAUUUCCGACUUGGUCAAACUUAUUGGACCUAAAAACGAUCCCCCUACGGUAGUGCAAGAGAAAGUAUUGAGCCUUAUCCAGUGUUGGGCAGACGCUUUCCAGAAUCAACCGGAAUUACAGGGUGUCGGACAAAUUUACAAUGAACUCCGCUCCAAAGGAGUUGAGUUCCCGAUGACGGAUCUAGAUGCCAUGGCUCCUAUUUUUACGCCACAGCGGAGUGUUCCUGACGGCGCGGAGCAGCCAGUAGGGUCUCCGCAGCGCGCGGCGCCGCACUCGCCCUCAGCACAGCUGCAGGAGAACAACAUGGCCACGGUGACAUUGUCAGAGAGUCAGAUGAGCAAACUGCGCGGCGACCUGUCGGUGGUGGAGGGCAACCUGGCGGUGAUGGGCGACAUGCUCAACGAGCUCACAGCGCAGCCUCCACACAACCACCACGACAGCGAUGUUGAAUUGCUCAACGAGCUGGCGGAGACGCUGCGCGCGAUGCAGCAGCGGCUGGUGGAGCUGGUGGCGCGACUGGCCGGCGAGAGCCCGCUCACCGCAGACCUGCUGCUCGCCAACGACCGCCUCAACAACCUGCUGCUGCGCCACUCGCGCUUCCUCAACAACAGGAACGCGGCAAAGGCAGGUGCGACGCCGUCGGCCAUUUUGGGCGCGGCCAUGGGCGUUCCCGGCACUGAUACACCAAAAACAGGCGAUGACGAUGCGCUUAUUGACCUGAGUGACGACGUGCCCGAUGUCAGCAAACUGAGUGUGCAGGCCGCGCCCGCAGACAAGUCUCCGAGCUCCAAGGACGAGUUCGAUAUGUUCGCUCAGUCCCGCAACCUCACAUAUGAAAAUACUAAAACUGGCGGCAGCAGUUACGCGGACAACGCCAGCGAGCAGAGCAGCGCGGGGCUGGCCGCCGCCGCGCACAACCACCCGCUGCCCUCAGGGAUGGAUCAGAGGGAGAUAGAUGAGAUAUCCGCGUGGCUCGCGCAGGAGAAGGCGGCUUCAGAAGCAAACGGGGGUCAGGAGAGUGUGACCAGCAGCGACUUCGACAAGUUCCUGGCGGAGCGCGCCGCCGCCGCAGACAGCCUGCCCACCAUCGACCCCCAGCACCCCCAGCACACCCAGAACGCCCCCAACAACCCCCACACCCCCAGACACAGGCAGAUCAACAAGGAACAAGAGGACUCCAUGUUCGCGCUCUGAUCUGAUUAACAAAAUGGCCCAAUCACUUUGUAUGGAAAUUGUCGCUUAAACCUGCUUUAGCUUCAAGAAAUUAAACUAUCUUGGAAUUUUAAACAGAUGCCACACUAACGAUGAACGCAGUUAAGGUAACGCCGUGUGGCAUCGCUCUAUAACAUAAAAAAAAAUCUUAUUUCAUAUUUAUGUAUAUUUUAAAUUCACAAUUAUGACAAAAAAUUUUGAACAAAAAUGGUGGGCCUAUAUUAAAAAUUCAAAUUAAAUGUUCACAUAUCUUUGAGUCCUGCGAACAUAAUGAACAAACAUAAAAGAGCUGAGUCAAUCAGUAAUAUAACUAUCUCUUUCUCUCUUAUGUAUGUCCCUAUUUUCUUUCUCUUUCUCACUCUGAACGAUUCCGAGGACUCAAAGACUGCAUACAAAGCUAAUGUUUUUGCAUUCUAUUGUAUUUAUUGUAUUGUGUAAGUUUAUGCGGUUUUUAGGUUAAGUGACGUCAUCGCGCCUCUUUAGUUUUACCGUAAACCAAGAAUAGAAAAAUCCUAACCUAAAAGCGAUUUAUUCGCUUUUUUAUUAACUUUGUAGUGCGGAAAAGAAUUGGUUUUAUUUUCCGAUUUAAGGGGAAGGUUUUUAUAUUCGUGGUGACGCUGUAAUUUAUUUUAAGCUAAUCUGGACCAUAUUUAUGAUUUAAGUGAAUAGUUUUUGUGACUGAUAUUUCGGUUUUUAUGGAAUUAUUGAUUGUUGUUGUUUUUAUAAAGAUUUUUUUCUUAAUUUUU